CCUAACCUAUGAUGUUCCAGCCCUCCAGCUCCGCCAUCGCAUCUCGGCCAAGAUACUCGACUUCGGAGAACUGACAAAGAGGCAACAGCAUGAAUUGAGCCCGAAUUCAUCAGGGAUUCCCUCCGGCCCAUGCGACUGAAGCCGCCUUGAAAGUGUCGGCUUCAAAGAGCCAUGUACUGGCCCGUUGGCACUCCGCGAAUCUAUGCGACGAGCACUAACCUUGGCUCCAACUCCAACCUCAACCUGGUCGUCUCCCAUGACGGCCUCCAGUCACCAGGCGAACAGCAAGAUGCGAGAUCCGAAAAGUCACCAUUUCUUUCACCCGAUGCCGGCUCAGGUCGCGAUGCCCUGGGUCUCCCAACCACGCCAACCACCCCGAUGACCCCGGCAACUCCCCUGACUCCGGACAUCAGAUCUGUCGAACAUGACUACCACGAUGAGAGGAGCCCGAGCCCCCAGGUGUCUUCCACCACUGCGACAGCUACCAUUCCCCUAAAGGAGCCGAUCCUCGCCCUUCGAGUCGCCCGCCCCGGCCACAUCUUUGCCGUCAUCACAGCGACGUCUAUGACCAUAUGGCAGACCAAGCCUGCAGUAAUACUGGCAGUUGUUGUGCGUUCCGAGUCAUCUCUACAGUCGUACGGCACCAAUGUCAACCUCCUCCUACGCCCCGAUUCAGCUAUCUUCGUCGUACAUACAAGCCAGGGCUACCUAAUCACCUACUCUCUCGCCACAGACACCGAUUCCCAAGUCUACAAGCCGCACUUUUUCAACCAUACAAAUGUCCAGAGAAGACGACAGACCCAUAUAGGCGGGCCAGGCCAGGUCGCUCCCGAGCAGAUACUCUGGGGUCCCGGGGAAGGCUCAGGGGUCCGGGAUAUCAGCGUGCGGUUCCGGAUGGUGAUCAAGGUGGAUGCUGGAAUCGAGAGUGCCUUGGCCCUAGACAACGAGCUAGUUGUGGCGACACGCAAACCAGCAGCUGUGCAGUGCAUCCGGUGGACACCCGACAGCUCUGGCAGCCAGACAAGCACCGAGCUCCUCAGUCGCAUGACCUGGUUGGACAAGAAGGUCACUGUAGAGGAAAUGACCCACGACCGGCCAAUGAAUCUCUUGACGUGGAUCACCAGCGACGGCAAGGCGUAUGCUGUCCAGAGAAUCGUUGCGGAACAGCCAACCGGCGAGGCCAAUGAAGCGCCGGAUCCCAAGAAAAUGUUCAAGGGGUACUGCUUCCAUGUCCCGCAGGACCCUCAGGAGCAUGCCGUACGGUGCAUCAUCAACGCGCGGUUCUCGCUCAUCGCCGUAGGCUGCGAGGAUGGCACUAUUCGCGUCUACUCGGCAAGGGAUUAUUCCGGUAAUAUUCCUUCUUCCCAUGUCCACAAACUCACGGUAUCCCGGUCCACAUCGGGCAGCCUCUCGACGGUCAGCUACACUCCCGACGGCUGCUGCCUCUUUGCAGGCUACGAGAAAGGCUGGGCAACUUGGAGCGUCUAUGGCAAACCGCUCAGUACGAGCUUCAGCGCGGAUAAUGCUGUCGCUUCUACUAACGGCGAAGAAUGGAUCUCCGGGGUGGUAGACGUCGCGUGGGUUGGCGGCGCCAGCGAACUCCUGCUCGUGAGCAGGUCUCACGAGGCCAUCUGGCUCCUCGAGAUGGCACGCAGUGCUGUCACCGGCUGUUACAGCUCUGCGAACCUCUUCCGGACCGUUCUCCAGACGACCUCGAGUCUGAUGAUAUACAGAGGUUACGACCUACCGGAUCUGACUUCCAUCUCUGCCGAACCUUUUCUGUGGCACACUGCCAGGAUUCCGGCGAACUAUCUGCUGAACCAAUGGCCCAUACGAUGCACGGCGAUCUCCCCCGACGGUAGGUAUGUCGCGGUGGCUGGACGGCGUGGCCUAGUGCACUACAGUAUCAAUAGUGGCCGGUGGAAGACAUUCGGCAACGGAGCCAUGGAAAACGAGUUCCAAGUGCGGGGUGGGAUGUGUUGGUAUCAGAAUGUUCUGGUGGCAGCGGUCGAAGCCAACAGAGCCUACGAGAUCCGGCUGUACUCGAGAGAGGCUGCCCUUGAUGCCGCCACCGUGCUACACGUGCAGCCAAUGCCGGCACCAAUCGUGCUGGUGACGCCCUCUGGGGAGGACUCUUUACUUGUCUACACCUAUGACAACCUACUAUACCACUUCGUCUUUGCCCCUGCGGCAGGGUCCUUGAAGCUGGUCCAGGUUGGCCAGAUAGCCUUCCAUGGCAUAGUACGAUCACCGGCUAGAGUCCGGGGCUUAAGCUGGAUACUUCCGGAGAGCCAACUUGCAGACGGCGACCCGUCACAGGACGUGGCUGUUGCAUCGGUGCUGUUCCUGGUCGACGGUAAGCUAGUCUUACUUCAGCCGUCCGUCAACGGUGAGGGCGGCUUAAAGUACGACAUGCGCGUCAUCUCCCAGAACGUCGAAUACUACGUAAGUAUGAGAGACCAGCCCUUCGUCGGCCCCGCGUCGAAGCUUCAGGGCCCCAGGGGUCCCGGAUCGGAGCAGCAGGCCUUGCAGAACUCGUUAUGGAUAUUUGACGGCGUAGAGUUGAAAGCGUGGACAGACAUGGGCGCUGUUCUCAAGGCAAUAUCCGAAGAAUCAACUCGGGAGCUGCCACCAACCAUCUCGAUUCCCGUCGACUUUUACCCACUCUCUAGCCUUCUCGGGAAAGCAACGGUGCUAGGCGUUGAGACAGACCUUGUCCAGCGCCGCGAUGUCAGCUUUUCCUUCUUCCGAUUCUCCAUCAGGACGCAUCUGUUCCUCCCGGAAAUAUUGCGCUUCUAUCUCACACAGAACAAGGCCUUGGAAGCGCUGCAACUAGCACAGCAGUAUCAGGAUCUCGAGUACUUCGCUCAUGCCCUCGAGAUCCUCUUGCACCAGGUGUUAGACCAAGAAGUCGAUGCCGACCCACCACCAACCCCUGAGGAAGCUAUCCUCCCGCGGGUUCUCUCUCUACUUUCGUCUUUCAAGGAAUACCUUGACAUUGUGGUCCAAUGUACGCGCAAGACCGAGGUGCGAUCUUGGCGCACCCUCUUCGCCUACCUUCCGCCGCCCCAGGAGCUCUUCGAGGAGAGUCUCCAGCGCGGGAGCCUGAAGACGGCCGGCGGGUACCUACUUAUCCUGCACACUUUUGACGAGCUGGCCACGGCAAGCGAACAAAGCGUGCGAUUGUUGAGCAGAGCGAUGCGGGAGGAAGAUUGGGAGCUGUGCAAGGAGCUUGCGCGCUUCCUCGCCGCCCUCGACGAGACGGGGAAUACGCUGCGAGAGGCGCUCGAGAUGGUCAAUGUGAGGACGACGCAGGACGUUGGACUCGAAUUGGGAAACGGGCUCUUCACAGGCAGACUCGAGGUCCCGUCGAGGAGCGUCAAUGGAUCCCCAUCCAGCAGCACCCUGGGUCCGGGGUCAAGGAGGAGCGCCGCGUCCGACUCGGACUCUGAAGGGCAGUCGAACAGCGAGACCGGCAGUGUUGUUUCGAGCGGCCGCUCUGAGGGCAGGAGUGCCUGAGAGGUGCUUGGCCUGAUUGGAAAGGAGAGGCAUUGGAGAACGAAAGACUAGAUCCACCUUUGAAGAUAUCCAUGCCAAAUGGUACAUACGUAGUACAUUUACUGUGAAUCCAUUUCGUACUACCUAUGUGAGAAUGGCCCGCCGUAGGAGGAUCCU